UGUGGUGUUCUGGUGGGUCAGAACUGACCUUGUUAGGAGCGGCAGGCCUAACCAGACGAACGGGUGUCGACACAACUUAAUCUCCUCUCACAAUGGCAGUCGAGUCGCCUAUCCGACGGCUACCUGAGGAGCUGCUUUCCCGGGUCCUGUAUUUUCUUGCUCGACCUGAUGGCCAAUUGGAGCACACGCUGGUCUGCAAACAGUGGCAUCACAUUGCACUUCGCGUGCAGGACCAGAUCCACUUGCGCAGUGAGCUCCACAUCGACCCUCUUCGACUCGUUAAGCGGCUGUCGUCAUUACCUAACGUCAAAAAGCUCUUACUUUCCUAUCUCAGCCUCACCUCGGCCUCUGAUCUCCUCCUCUCUCGCCUUGCUGACACGUGUCCCAAUCUGACCGACCUUCGCGUUGACUUGAUGACAAGUGGAAGCGGUCGCGGAAGUUUCACUGAGAAGGGCCUGAUUUCUUUGUUCGACGGAUGCACUCGGCUGGAGGAUCUUAAUCUUUACUGCUUGGACCGUGUUACUGCCAUUCCUCCCUCCAUCGACCGUCUCGGCUUGCUCAGGAAUCUCCACCUCACUGCAAGAGUCACGCGUCUCCCCGACACCUUCACCUCAUUACAGUCACUCACGAGCCUCGAGCUGCACAUGGCUAAACUCGACGCUUUGCCGCAAGAUUUCGGGAAUCUGAUAUUCCUGAAGACUCUUGAGCUGAGCGGUUGCUCUUUGCUGACGUCACUCCCGAAGUCCUUCGGACAACUCGCCAGUCUGGACCGUCUCUCCAUCAACGAGUGCAGAACGUUGCAGCUGCCUGACUCUAUCACCAAGCUUUCGUCUCUGGCGGUUCUGGAGAUUAGACGAUGCAGAAUUACUCUCCCACAUCCCGCCAAUUUCGGUCAUCUGCUGGCGCUCGAGACCCUACUUUUGAAUGAAGUGACCGGAAUGAGACAGUUGCUGAACGCUCUCGAGCACCUGCCGCGGCUGAAGACGGUUACCAUCAAGCACUGCAGCGAUAUCAGGUCUCUGCCAGGGUCUCUUCCCAGCAUUGGUUCUCUCACCAGCCUCAAGCUUGAGUUUCUAGACGUUUCAGUGCUGCCCGAAGAUAUUGGGCAGCUAUAUGCCCUUCGGACUCUCACGCUGGAUCUGCGGAGUCUCACAAGCCUUCCUGACUCCAUUGUCCUGAUUUCGACGCUUCAGGAGCUUUCCCUUAAUCGUCUCUCCAAUCUGACACAUCUGCCCGAGGAGUUCGGGCAGCUGAUCGGCAUGGAAACGCUCUGCUUGAAGGGCCUUUCACAGCUCACACACCUGCCCGAGACCAUCGGAGAGCUGGCAAUUCUGCAGGAGCUGAAAAUAGAGGGGUGUACGCAGCUGGCUAAGCUGCCUGAUUCUCUCUGCCAGUUGUCUUCUCUCGAGCGAUUGGAGAUUGACUCAUGUCCGAGGCUCACUGCUCUACCGGACGGCACAGGGAACGGUCUGCACCGCCUGCGCCAUCUGCAUCUGCUGCACUGCAAGGCUCUCACCCACCUCCCCCCGUCCUUCUCCGGCCUGUCGUCUCUCGAAACCCUGAAGAUUCUGCAAGCACGAAGCUUCAGAGGAGCCCUGCUAGACGGCUUCUGCUGCCUGAAAAGCCUCAAGGAGUUGUCUCUCUGCAACAUGCCGCGCCUGUCUGCCCUUCCUGCCUCCUUCUCCGGCGUUCUCUCACUCACCAGCCUGGAAGUGGUCAACUGCCCUAAAGUAUCGGACCUGCCUGAAGGGUUCGGACGGCUGCUGGCGCUCGAAGAGGUCAGGAUCGCAGGGAUGGACGGCCUGAAAUGCCUCCCUCCGUCGCUACUUGAGCAGUCGGGACUGCGGGUAUUGGAGGUGCGGGCAUGUAAUGGGCUCCGCUCCUUUCCCGGCACCAGCAGCGGCAACAGCAGCGCACUGCUUCCAUCCGUCCAAAUUCUCAAGCUCAAGGCUCUUUCACUCGACUCCUUUGGUCCAUCCCUUGGCCGCCUGUCCUCACUAACGAAGCUGAAGCUCCUCGACAUUUACGGCCGUGCAUCGCUCCCUGAUUCCAUCUCUCAACUCUCGCAGCUGCAAAAGCUCCGGAUUUACAACUGCAUGGAGAUGAAGGCACUGCCUGAAACCCUCGGAGGACUUUCGGAACUCUGUGUCUUACAGCUGGUUAGCCUAGACGAUUUGCGCAAGCUGCCCGAGUCUCUGGGGCAGCUGAAGAAGCUCGAGACGCUGGAAAUCAUCGAUUGCCACAAGAUAAUGCGACUUCCAGAGUCCUUCCCGAAUCUGUCCAAGAUGCAGUCCUGCACUCUUGUCAAACUUGGCGUUUCUUCAAUUACUGAUGACUUCUGGAAGCUUUCUUCCCUGAAGGAACUGGUGCUCCUGGGCCUGAAGAACGUGCGCAGCUUGCCUGAGUCAUUCACUCAGCUGCCCCGGCUGCAAGUGCUCCAAGUGAUUGCCUGCAAACGGCUGGCUUGGAUGCCGCCUUCGCUCCGGCAAAUGCCGAUGCUACGUGAAUGUUAUAUCGGCGAAUGCAGUUUGCUUUCACGGCGAGUCACUCGGGGGAUUCCUGUAAGGGGAGACGCGGAGGAUGGAGAGGAGGGAGGGGGCGAGGAAGAGGGGGGUGAAGAGGAAGAGGAAGAAGAGGAAGAGGGAGCAGAUGAGGCGGAAGGGGAGGAUGGGGACCUGGGGGAAGAAAGUGAUGGGGAGGAUAACAACAUUGGGCACGAGUAUGGGUUUGAUAGCGAAUGCGAUGACGACGACGAGAGCUGCUGGCUGGCAGGCGAGGAUGAGGAGGAAUAGGUUGGUGGUGGUGACACUUGGAGAGAGGGUGGGGAUGUGGAGGACUGGAAGUGCAAGUUUGAAAGAGGACUUGGGAGUAAUCGAUGGGGUAGUGAUGUAGGGGUUUUUGCCUUGGUAUGAUGUACCGGUAGGUUGCAUUGUAGGGCUUAUGCAUACGUAAAUUGAUGAGUAGCUUGAACUUGUUUUGUUUUGCUUGUUUUGUGUGACUAGGUGCAAAAAGAUAAUGCUGAUUGAGGCUGUACA